AUGUCGCAGCGCACUCCGCCUCAGAAGAUGACCCUUUACUCGUCGACAAACUGCCCAUGGGCUGCUCGCUCGUUGAUCGCUCUUGCCGAAGCCAACGUCCAGUACGAAACCGUCGAGAUCGAUCUCGACAACAAGCCUGAAUUCUUCUUGAAGGAGGUCAACCCGCAGGGAAAGGUCCCUACUCUCGACUACGCUGGAGAAAAGUUGAUCGAGAGUGGUCCCAUUGCCGAGUUCGUUGCCGAUCUCUUCCCUGACGUCGGACUUUGGCCUCAGGGCUCGACCGAGGAAACUGCCCUUUUCAAGCUUCGCGCAAGAAUCUUUGUAGAGACCUUCAUCACCAAGGUCGUUCCUAACUGGGCCGGUAUCCUCUUCCGCGCUGAUCCCGCCGCUCCUGCUGCCAUCUUGUCGGCUGUCGAGGGGUUUGUCGAGCCUCUGUUGCCAGAGACCUCUUCUGCAGGACCAUUCUUUGCUGGCCGUACUGAGUUCUCCAUGGCAGAGGUCCUCACCGCUCCCUUCGCAGCUCGCAUUGACUUGAUGGGCCGCAACGGUAUCGUCCCAGCCGACGUUUAUGAGAAGCUUCAGAAGCUUCCUCGCUUCGGUAGGUGGAUGAAGGCUGUCAUGGAGAGAAAGUCCAUCAAGGACACAUUCGAUGAGGCGUCUAACUUGGCCAAGAUCAAGAAGAAGAUGGCCUUGGCUCAGGAGAAGAAGUAA